AUCUUCUUCCCUCAGACCAGUGAACGCUAGCCAAGAGCGAGAAGCUAGAGCACUUCAAACUCGAGGUUAGCUAGCCAGGCACCAUGGCCCGCAUUGCGCCUCUCGUGCUGGCGGCGCUGCUCUCCGUGCUGGUCGCGCCCUCGUCGGCGUGCCCCAGCUGCCCGACCCCGACGACGCCUCCCCCGCCGCCGCCGCCGAAGGUGAAGCCCCCGCCCCCGCCGUCGUCCGUGCCGUGCCCCCCGCCGCCGUACUCCCCCGCGCCGACGCCCCCGACGCCGGCGACGCCGACCCCUCCGGCGCCGUCGUCGCCGACGGGCAAGUGCCCCGUGGACGUGCUGAAGCUGGUGGCGUGCGUGGACGCGCUCAACGGGCUGGUGCACGCGGUGGUGGGCGCCAAGGCCAGCGAGACCUGCUGCCCGCUGCUGUCCGGCGUGGCCGACCUCGACGCCGCGCUCUGCCUCUGCACCACCAUCAAGGCCAAGGUGCUGAACGUCAAACUCGUGCUCCCCGUCGCCAUCUCGGUGCUCGUCAACCAGUGCGGCAAGCACGUGCCGUCCUCGUUCCAGUGCCCUUCAUAAUCCACUCCAUCGAUCGAUUAGCACCUACUACAUACAUACUGUACCACCACCUGCAUCCUCAUGCAUGCCCGCGUGCAUGGAGCUAGCACCUUCUCAAGGUAAGUACGCAUAGUACAUGCAUGCCACAUGUCAUGUGUAAUCUGUAUAACGCAUACAUGCAUGGGCAGCUAGCUCUGGCUAUCUUUUGGUGUGGAGCAGCGAACAUGCGUUGUGUAAAUGUGUAUCAACUAUCAAGUACUAGCAGUAUAUACUGUAAUCGUGCAUAAUUGCUUAUAUACAUGUGACUGUGUGAGUUGUGAUGUUGGGUGUGUAGCAUUCUUUUUGACAGUUAUUAUGAAUAAUAUAAAGUGAUUGUAAUGUGUA